AUAAAAAUGGAACAGAGAAAUUAAGGAAGAAGACAAAUAAAAAUAUUAAUAGUCAAAAUUAAUUUGACUUUUGUAAAUGGAGACGUGGGUGGCGAAUAGAGUAACCCAAGAAAAACCCAAAAUAUUUCAAGCUCCCGGUUAAUAGGUCUCCCCAUUUGGUAACUUUUGUUUUCCAUGAUUUAUUCUUCUCUUUUUCCCGCGAUGUUACUAUAGAAAGAUAUCAUGUGAAGUUCUAAUGGCGACCCCUCGAUCAGAGAGCAACUUUAUUUCAUCCAAAGACGAACAAACAGUUUAUUUAGAAGAUUGGUGGUUAAUUAAGUCCGAAAAAGAAAUUGAUGGGAAAAGAUUGGCUGUUGAAGGAUUUGCUUUAAGAGACCCCCGAUCUAUGGGUGUGUUUUCCACUGCUCCAAUUAUCAAGAGAUAUAAUAUUUGCACUUUGAGGACGGCUGAUGGGAUCACUAUUGUGACUAAGGGCUCUAUAAACGCGUCUCGCACACUGGAAAAUGGGUUUUCCUCGGAGAUGUGCAGUCUAUUCCUUCUUGGAUUUCCUUGGUCCUGGGAGACUUAUUCUAAUCCAUGUGUUGAGGACGAAUCCGCUAGCAGAGGUGUUACAACAAGUAUGGAUGCCUUUCUUGAGUCAACAACCAUGCUUUCUUCUCUACCCAACUUCUUAAGAGGAAGAGCAGAUACCAAGACGCGUGAUCAUAUAUUCUGUUUUCCUUGUGUGUCUGAGAAUUCUGCACCCACUGAGAAUGUUAGCGCCAGUCUGCUUGAAAAAUGUAUUGGAAAUGCUUCGAGAAACCCUACGAUGCCUGUUUUUGCUGAUACAACAUGCUGUAAUCCUGUGUUGGGAGAUUCUCUGCCAGAGAAAACACCUAUUAAUGAGGAAAGAUCUGCAACUGAGAUGAAACAUGGACGUGAAGAGGAUCUUCUAUGUGGUAAAGAUGGAGAAACUGUGGAAAAGGAAAAUAUUAUUUUAGAGGAGGUUGAAACAAGUAAGCUAAAAAGUGAUAGAUGUAUCCAUCCUAAAAACAAAUUUCUUGCGGAGAGAUCAUUUGAAGAGAACCUAGAAACCUCCACUGGUGGUCUUCGUGUCCUGUCGAAUGGAGCUGUCGAGUCAUCCGACGUCGAUAUGCUUGCAACCGAGGAAACUACAGUUAACAAAGAAAAUUGUGGAGUACAUGAUGAGGGAACAAUGGUAAACGAAUACCAUUUAUUCCCAAAUCAAGAUAACCUCAAGACUGAUAGUUGUAACGAGCCUGUCUUGCCAUUGAAUGAAGUCGUCAGGCCGUUCAACAUUGAGUUCUUUGAAGCCAAGGAAACUUUGAUCGGCAAGGAAGAGGGAACAGUGAAAACUGCAGGAAGUCCAUCAUCAGAUAAGCAAGAUAGCCUCAGUAAUAGCUGCAUAGAAGAUGGUAAAAAUGCGACGCUUUUCAGUACUUCAAGAAGAAUCACCAGAAACGCUCUAAAAAAUCUAGUAAACUAUGGUAAGUCCUCAAGUGAGCAUUGUGCGCCUAAUGAUGGUUUCGAGGAAAAGCAUGCAUCAACAUCACCUAAUGAAGGUCGUCCUACAAAAAAAAUGAGGUUAAAGAAAUGUAUUGAUAGUGUCACGAGGAAUGAAGCCUCGAAGGAUAUCUUAGUACCCAUUGCUAAUGAUUUGAACAACGAUAAUCCUAAAGAGGUCAGCGUGGUCUCCAAAGGCUCGUCCAAGGGUUUUGGGGAUUCGAAAAGCAGCUCAAAAGGUCGAAAGAAGACUCGGGAUAACUUGAGAAUAUCAGGAGCAGCAAACAACGUUGAUGGUUGCUGGAAUGAGUCCUUAAAAGCUGAUUCCAUAUCUGUAGGGUCUGAUGCGAGAACUGUUGAUUCUUGUGAACUCAUUGUCGAUGUGCCUUUCUUGCCACUGAAUGAAAAAGGUGUCAAGUCGUUGGACACUGAGUUGCACGAGACUAAGGAAACAUCAAUUGACAAAGAAGGGGGAGCUGAAGAAAAUAAACAAGAUAAUCGCAAUGAUUCUGGCAAUGAAUCUGAAAGAGACUCUGUAAAAGAGAACUCUAUCAAAGAAAAAUCAGGAACUCCCGAUGAUGAAGUCCCUGGUGUGCAACUGAAUGAAGAAGUUACAGAGUUAUCUGUUCUUGAGUCGUUUUCAACUGAGGGAACUUUGACCAGCAAAGAAGAUGGUGAAAAUGUGAACAUCUUACAUCCUUCAAGAAGAAUCACUAGAAACACUCUUAAAAAUGUGGUAAACUACAGUAAGGCCUCAAAUGGACGUCAUGUGUCAAAGAAGAGCCUUGAGGAAAAGCGUGUUUCUACAUCCCCCAGUGAAGGUUGUUUUAACAAAGAUUUUAGGUCAAGCAGAUGCGACCUUCCAAAGGACAUCUUAGUACCCAUAGCUAAGGAUAUCGAUACUGCUGAUUCGUCAGGUGUCAACGUGGCUCUUACUGUAAAUCUCAAAAAGUCAUCUAAGAGGUCUGGAAGUUCAAAAAAUAGCUCGAAAGGUGGUAAGAAGACCAGGAUAAACAUGAAAAGUUCAAGACCAGCAAACUCCAGUUGUGGCUUUGAUAAUGGCAAGGCUAAUUCCUUGAAUGAGGCUUCAGCACCUACAUGCUCUGAUAUGAAGAGUCUUAGUCCUUCCGAGGUCAAUGCGGCUGUUCCAGGUAACAUCCCGUAUUCAACAUUGGUUUCUGCCAGAGGAUCCUUAAAAACAAAAGUUGGUUGCGAAAAGGGGAAAGGAAUGAAUUGCCAUUCUAUUUCUGGGUCCCAAGGCAGUAGUGUUAUACAACUUCCUGGUAAAGAUAAACCAAGACAUGAAUCUACUGCUAGUAUUAAAGAAAUUCUGCAGGAAUCAUUGUCAAAAGCGCCCCUUGCCGGGAGUCAUGGCAUCUUAGAUAUUGCGGGGAAUUACAUUAAUCAUACCAUGGAGGAUUCUCCUCGACAAGUAAAUCUUAAAACUAAUGCUAGUUGCUUAUCUAAAAUGGAUAUAGACACUCAAAGUGCUGCAGCAAGAACUCGCAGUAGGUUUAAAAACAUAGAAGGAAAAGUCCAUAAGAAUACAAUGUGUGGGGAACACCUGAGUGGAGGUCGUGUCGCAAGUCCUUCUAUCUGUAAAAUUGACGCCAUGGAGGAAACAGCGGAUUCAUGUAAAGGCAGAAGAACAAACAACAGAGGCAAAAUCUCAAGAAACAAGUCGAAGGUGGCCAAACCUACCAACAGAGGCAGAAGUAGUUUAGAUCAGCCAAAUGAUCGAUUUCAAGAGACUGUUCCUGGAAAAAGAAUGUGGAAAGAAGUAUCCCCACCGCGUACUGCUGGGAUUAACAGGAAGAUGCAAUAUUCAAAUACCCCAGAACAGUCUAGCCUAAGUCUCAAACGAUCGAGAUCUGGGAGACUACUUAUACCUCCACUGGAAUUUUGGCGGAAUGAGCUAGUAAUGUAUGAUAAGGAUCGUAAGAUAACUGGCAUUCAGGAAGGCACGCCUAAUGUUAUAGAUCAUCCUAUAGGUUCUAGGUCUGAGCCCCCAAAAACCAAAAGAAAGCUAGUGUACUCGUAGAUAUUCGAGUCAUAUUCUUGUCCAUCAAUGCAGAAGCAGCUCAAGUGUAUGAUGAUGAGUAGCAACACAAGAAAAAAGAAAGCUAUUUAAGUCUCGGCAGGGUUUUUUGUGUGGCACGGCUCACUUUUUGAGGGGAAGAGCUGAAAGUGAAUGUUUCUUUCACAUCGCUCUGUUCAUCAAUGCUCAAUAGCCUUUCUCAUUUCAAUAAUCAUGUAAAUGUUGAGGAGUUUCUUCAGAUCUUACCAGCUAGUUCAUGUCAUCAGUGUAUGGAUCAUGCAAUCUUUCUUUUCUGUUUAGUUCCCAAACUUUUCUUGAUUCUUAGGUUGUAUAUAUACUUAUUAGUACCUGCUUCUUCAGUGUAAGCGACUGGCAUUGCCUUUUAAGUUAAUAAUUAUAGUUAUAGUUUUGCA